UCUCUGCUUUUUUCUCUUUUCAAAAAAACUUUCAGAAUGGUAUCUAUUGAAUCUUCUUCAAUUAAUGAUGAACCACAAAAUUUGCCUAUUUUUUCCAAGAAAAACCCUAAUACAGCUAUGACCAAAAAAGGUGUUUAUGUUGCCAUUUCAUACAUGGCUUGUGCUGUUCUCUUGGUCAUAUUCAAUAAGGCUGCUCUAUCAUCCUACAAUUUUCCAUGCGCGAAUGUGAUCACACUCUUUCAGUAUAGAGUCCUAAACCUUUUCCUACCAGAAAAAGGAUUAGUCAAUCCAAAACCUUUUCCUAAAAGGAAAUCUAUUUAUGGUAAGAAAUUAGGGCAAAUAAAUCCCAACACAGCAGACCUCGUACCAUUUAAGAAAGUACUGCAUUGUACUCCUGUGGCAUUAUCAUAUUUGCUUUACAUGCUGGUGUCUAUGGAAUCGAUUCGUGGAAUUAAUGUUCCUAUGUACACUACGUUGAGACGGACAACUGUUUUCUUUACGAUGAUGGCAGAGUAUUUUCUAGCAAGGAAAAAAUAUUCGUCAUACGUUGUUACUUGUGUAGGUAUCAUCAUACUAGGUGCGUUUGUUGCUGGUGCACGAGACCUGGUUUGACUACUACAGUCGUUUGACUACUACAGCUAUACCGUUGUUCUCAUCUCAAACAUCACUACAGCAGUAUACCUCGCGUGUAUAUCUAGCCUAGGAAAAUCUAGUGGCCUUAACAGCUUCGGCCUGAUGUGGUGUAAUGGUAUAAUAUGUACACCGAUUUUGCUACUUUGGACAGCAUACAGUGGCGACUUAGACGCUACAAUAAAUUUUUCCUACUUUUAUAUCACCGGCUUUCAGGCUGUGAUUGUUCUGUCAUGUGCUCUGGCUUUCUUGUUGAACUACUCUGUAUUCCUAAAUACAACGAUCAAUUCUGCGUUAACACAGACAGUCUGCGGAAAUCUUAAGGACUUGUUUACUGUUGGAUUUGGCUGGCUAGUUUUCAGAGGACUUCCAUUUGAUCUGUUGAAUAUUGCUGGCCAGUGUCUUAGCUUUCUUGGAUCUUGUUUGUAUGCUUACUGUAAACUCAAAGGCAUUUAGCUUUUGCCUAAAUGAUGUUCAUCUUAUUGGAGGAAUAUUUACUAUAAAUCUAUAAUAUAUUCAGUAUU